AUGGUAGAAGAUGCUGAACCUCAAGCUGGUGCCAGUGCAAGAACCAAAGGAGGCAGGAAAGGCAAGAUGACCCAGCUGGGUGACAUCAAGAUGUUCCAUUCCAACACCAGGAAGUUAAUCCAGGAGAUCCAGUCCAUUCAGACCAAAAGCAGCCUCCUUGGAAAGCCAUUUGCCAACAACACAUUGUUCUUGGCUUUGCAAAAGUGCACAAUCUGCCACCCAGUGUACAAAGAGACAGUCACCACUGUCCACCAAAUUGACUUCAUUACUCUUGCCAUUGCUUUAAGAUUCCAUCAGACUGCUGUUGAAAGUAUCCCCAUGCAAAAGAUUGAUCCUCAACAGGCCAGCACCAGGAUUGCUGGUAGUGACAAUCAAGACAGACAGGCAGAGGAGACCAAAAUGGGCAACAACAAUGCAAGUCCAAAGAACACAAGCAGAUCACAACAAAUCCAAUGCUGGGUAUGCAAACAGACAGGACAUGGAAUCAGGCAUUGUGAUGCCUCAGUCACCAUUCCCAAGGACUCUCCUUUUGCUAAAUUCAAAUAG